UUUUCAUUCGCUCGUUCGUUUGUUGCUGCUGCAGUUCCACGUAGAAAAGUGUUUUGUGUUUUUUCGCCAAUGUUUUUCGGUGUUUUGCUUCGUUUAAAAGCUUAAAAUCCGAAUUGUAUUUCCGGAAUCCAUCAGCGGGAGCAGUGCGGCGCCGACGGCAUCGGUAUCCGGGCAUCACCAUAAUGAAAAUCCACUUCCGUGAGCAGUACGGAUCCACGGGGGAGGAAGUGCUCUACGUGACACCCGACAACCAAGAUGCAGUCGUCCGAGUGAACGUGAAAGGGGAGAAACCGAAACUGCGGAAGCGGCUGAGUUUGCGGCGGUUUUUCCAGAAUCUGUUCCUGCCGGCUGGCUACCCGGACAGUGUGAGUGGCGAUUAUCUGGCCUACCAGAAGUGGGACACGGUACAGGCCUUUUGCAGCACGAUUAGUGGUACGUUGACCACACAUGCGAUCCUGAAAGGAGUUGGGGUGGGAAGCGACGUAGCGAAUCCUCUUUCCGCCACUAUUACAUGGGUGCUCAAGGAUGGAAUGGGUCACUUUGGUCGGAUUAUUUUUGCCUGGUGGAAAGGAACGGAGUUGGAUAUCGAUUCCAAGAAGUGGCGCAUCCGAGCGGACGUCCUAAACGACUUGGCGAUGGGUAUCGACCUGUUCGUCCUGCCGUACUAUCCGAAGGCGUCGACAUUUAUUUUAUGUGCGACCACCACCAUGAAGGCUAUCGUUGGUGUGGCAGGAGGAGCCACCAGGUCCGCUUUGACACAGCAUCAUGCAAUUCGGGGCAAUCUGGCGGAUGUGGCCUCAAAAGAUAGUGCCCAGGAAACUUGUGUCAAUUUAGUGGCUUCGUUCGUCGGCUUGUUUCUGCUGACGCAUGUUCAGGAUCAGAGGGUUCUAUAUGGGCUAUUCCUGUUCGUAACGCUGUUGCAUAUCUACGCCAAUAUUAAAGCGGUCAAGUCCGUUUGUUUGCGCACCUUUAACGAAGCUCGCUACCUGAUCGCCCUCGAAGAAUAUUUCAAAUCUGGGACAAUGCUUUCGCCAGAGCAAGUCAACAAGUUGGAACGGGUCACCAUCGGACAAACAGUUACCCUGACGGCGCGGGUAAAAAUAGGCUGUUCGGCUCGUGAGCUCGCCCAGUACUACCGGGUCUGUUACGACCUGGAGAAUCUGAUGGCUUGUUUCGAUUCGCGGGACAAGUUUAUCAUCGCGGAAACCCGGAACUACGUGGGAGUGUAUCUGCACUUCACCGCAAAGCCGCUGGACAUCAUCAAGGCGUACUUCUACGUGGCGUCGUACUUGCAGGACAAGAAUCAGCUGCGCGACCGCUACUGGGAAAUCCAGAACAAGUGGAACGAGUUUCUCAAUAUGGCCCAGUGCGAAGGCUGGAACGUGCAGGCCCAUCUACUCAAAACGGAUGAGUACCGGCUGGACUGGAGGAUAUAAAAGGUAACGAUAGAAACGUCAAAACGAUACUUUUGCGGCACCUCGACUACGAAUGAAAUUUUAAAUCUAGCACCUUAAGGAUAACGUAGGCACGAUGCUUCAUUUAUCGUGAUUCAACGAAACUAGGAAUACGAUCGAAACUUUCAAUGCUUUGUCCCUUUGAUGUAUUUCUCCACAUAGCAAAGGUUGUCUACUAAUAUUCCUUCCCCAUUUCCAACUGACUGCUUGACACAAACAAAUACCACUCAUAAGAAAGAGCAAACAUUACCCAAUAAACAGAACAAGCUGAAUAGCAGUUUCUUAAGCUAAAGUUUGUUCCACUCUUAUAUAGCAACAAUGUUUGUUGGGCAGUCUUUCGAAUAAUAGUAUUGGUUUGUGUGCACGGAUUGCAUUUUCGUAUAGAGACAUAAAGUGCACAAUGGAAAUGUUUGUGUUGGUAGUCAAUCGACCAACUACCGAAUAUUCGAAUGAACCGUGUGUUCGAUGGGAAGCGAUCAGAGUUCAUUCGUUAAGUUCUAUAUCAAAUUUAUGAUAAUACGCGAGAAGAGUGUAAUGUCUGUUUCUCUGUACUCAGCCUGAUAAGACCUUCAGGAAAAGGAGGUUGAAUAUUUGAUGGUAUUUUCUGGCUAAUAACGGCAAAUGAAGCACUGCGUACCUACCACACUGAAGAUUUUAACGGAACAAUUGCGCAAUUACGAAGAAUACAACACUUAAAUACCUUCCAUUUUUUCGAAAAACCGACGACAAUUCGAGCGACUGUUAGGGUGCCAAAGAAGCAAUCUAGUCUCAAUUAAUAUUUCUUACCGAGAGCAUUUUGGACCAAUACCGUGGAGGCAGUUCAAAUUCAAACUUUUAUCUUUAACCGAACGUGGAGAGGUAUGCUACUGUUAAAAUAAAAUGAAACAUCGAAACGUGGUUUUAUAUAGAUCUUAGGAGUUUUCGAUUCUACAACCAAAGCAUGUUUUAGGAGGGAUGGUUGUUCGCAUCAAACCGUUCGACAUCAAUUAAAAAAAUUAUCUAAAAAAAAGAGUUAUAGUAGAAUCGACACAUUACGUACUAUAGAAAUAACUAUUUUUCUACACAUUCCAACAUCCGACAUUCGUAGUGAGAACGGCUUGUCCUCCUGUUUUCUAAUUCCCGGGCGAGGGCAGAAAAAGCCGUUAAGUAGUUCGAGGGAAACGUUCCAUUUGGCAUACAACCGUUCGUUUGGCAAAACGAUCACCUUUCUGCCAAAUGAUUCGCUCCUCCCCUAGUAGUUACGUAGAUUAGCACAGAAUCAACUGAUAAAAAAAAUCUAGUCAAAUAGGGUUUAACUACAAGAUACCAACGAGAGAAAAGCAGUCCGUCUGUCCGUGUGAUAUUUUAGUCAUAUCACGAAACACAGCAGUAGUACACAGAACACAAAAGCCCGUUUUAAAACGAACACCGCACAUUCAAUCGUACCUAUUUUGCAUCGCAGAUUUUAGCUUUUGCUUUUGGAAAUCGCUUGGCUUGGGGGAAAGAGAGGUACUUUUCCGUUUUAGAAAAGUGCCGUUUUUGAAAGUUUAAAGAAAAGAUUGUACGAGGGAUAAUGUUCCAAAGAGCAAUUUAAGUAGUAAUCCCAAGAAAAGGUUUUAAGAUCUUACAUUCGUUUUAGAAUCGUUCCACUCUGAGUCGCUUAUAAAUUUGCAAUUCAUUGCUAUG